AGGACAUACAUUUCACUCGAAAGUAUAGGGCUAGGGUUUUUUGGCGGGGGGCGCCGUCUCCAUGGCGGGCGGCGAGUGGCGGGGAGAUUUCAGAUUUGGCGGUAGAGCUGAUGCGGUCAAAUUCGAGAGCAAAAGCAAGCAGGAUUGCCUGAGGCGGCGCCAGGUGAUCAGUGAAUUGCUCAAGAACAAGGAGAAGGAGAAGGAGAAAGAGAAGGAGCGAUUGAAUGGUAAGGAGAGCGGCCGUGAUCGGGAUCGCGGUUUCUUUGGCCCCAGCAGCAGCUCAAAACCUAUACAAAGACCGCUCAAGCCUGUCAGACCUAUCCCAAAGGCGAAACAAGAGUGUGUGAAGAAACUCAAGGAUGCUCGCGAUUUUACCUUCCUGUUUAACGAGGGUGGCAGUCCAGCGGCGCAGAAGCCUACCUCCAACGGGAGCUCUGUUCACAAUGUCAGGAGUAAAGCAAGCGAGGAACGUAAAGCUAGCGAACCUCGCAAAGCCGUGCAGAAGCCUCAGGAGCGUAAGGUGACGGAGGUGAAGGCUGGAAAACUUGCGCAGGAGAUUUUGAAGAGCAAUUCCUUGAAGCCGCCUGUUAAACUGGCUGGACCUACAGCUCCAAGGCCUUCGAGUGCUCCUCCAAGUACAUCAAAACCUACAGUGAAAGCAUCCAAGCCAAGCAGACCGCCGGUAAAGCCGAAAGUAAAUCCUCAGGAGGCAAAGAAGCUAAAAGAAGGGCGAGACUACAGUUUUUUGUUUGACGAUGGCGGCGAUUCAAAGCCUCGGAACGAGAGGCCCAAUGGAAGCAAGGACAUGCCACCGAGAUCUUCGGAAAAAAAGGUUGUCAGUUCGAGUACAAAAAUGUCCUCGAAGCCUGUACAGCCAUCAGUUAAACCUCCAUCAAGACCCGCAACGGCAGUGACAAAGACCACCGCGAAACCAGUCGAUAGACGGCCUUUACCUGACAAAAGAGUACCAGAUAAAAGGCCACUGCCAGAGAAAAGACCAAAUCAGCAACAAGGUGUGAAGCGCAAGCACGAAAGCGAGCCACCGGGACCUUCGAAACAGAGUAAGCCUCUUGUAAGCCAUUCCAAGCCACAGCCGAAGACCGCGAUCACGAAAAAUAAGUCGCUGAUCGACCGCAGACAUGCGUUUCGAGACCUUUCUAGCGACAGUGACGAGGAUGAGGAGAGGGGCAUCGUCAAAUUGCCAAAACAAUUCCGGUAUGCGAAGCUAACUUUCGUGGAUUCCUUGCCACAAGUGAUGUCUCUUCUGUUUGUUUUCAGGCUUUCAAGGCGUUACCGGGACGAUGGAUAUGAUUCCUCGGAUUCUUCCAACAUGGAAGUCGGGUUUAGUGCGAUCCAAGCGGAGGAAGCGCGAAGUGCUCGAAUUGCUCGCCAGGAGGACGAAGAACAGCUCAAGUUAAUCGAGGAGGAAGAACGGCAAGAAAGAUUGCGUAAGAGAAGGAAAGCGUGAAACGAGCCAUGUACAUUUGAUUCAUUGAAGGUAUGCUUCGACAUAAAGGAUAUUCUUUUUUUAAACGUAAAGGAUGUUUAUCCUUAA